AUAUAUGGGGGGAAAACCAUGAAGGCGCUCUCGUUCUUGGCCCGCCCAUUCGCACACCCUCCCAUCCGCCUCGGCAUCCUCCCCCGCCGCCUUAUCGCCGGCCAGAGCAGCAGCCGGAGGAGGAGGGUCGGGGCUAUCAUGGCGCUCUGCACCAGUGUCCAGGUGAAGGACCGAAUUGAGCUCACGGAGAAGGAACGGAAGAUAUUCGACCGUCUCCUCCAGGUGCUCCGCCACUUUGAUCUCAAGACCGAGCUCCGGGUUGCCGGUGGCUGGGUUCGCGACAAGCUUCUGAGCAAGGAUUGCUAUGACAUAGACAUCGCAUUGGACAACAUGCUCGGCAGAGAAUUCUGCGAAAAGGUGAAUGAAUACUCCGUACACGUCGGGGAAGAAAGACAAGGAGUUGGUGUCAUACAGUGCAAUCCUGACCAGUCAAAGCACUUGGAAACUGCAAGAAUGCGUAUCUUUGAUAUGUGGAUUGACUUUGUCAAUUUGAGAUCAGAAACCUAUGCAGAACAUAGUCGCAUUCCAGCCAUGAAGUUUGGUACGGCCGAGGAAGAUGCCUAUAGGAGAGAUUUAACUAUUAACAGCUUAUUCUACAAUAUAAAUACUGAUACGGUUGAGGAUUUGACUGGUCGAGGCAUAGAAGACUUAAAAGAAGGAACUAUUGCUACUCCAUUACCUCCAAAAGCUACUUUCUUGGAUGAUCCUCUUCGAGUCCUGCGAGCUAUCCGAUUUGGUGCAAGAUUUGGAUUCCGACUGCAUGAGGAGCUGAAGAGGGCUGCUUCUGAUGAUGAAGUUAAAGCUGCAGUAUCUGAUAAAGUUAGCAAAGAGAGGAUAGGCCAUGAAGUUGAUCUCAUGGUAUCUGGCAAUCAAGCUGUAAAAGCUAUGACUUACAUUUGUGACCUGGAACUGUUCUGGACUGUAUUUGGCCUUCCUGAAGGCAUUGCAGGUUCCGUAAGUGAUGACUGUGACCGGACUUGUGUUUAUUAUAUGAAUGCUGCUUCAGACGUUUUAGAAGAGAUUGGUUGUUCAACAUUCAGUGAUGAUCAAAGGAGAUUGUGCUUAUAUAGUGCUCUAUUUGUUCCACUUAUGGCAUUAAACUACACUGACUCUAAAGGGAAGAAGGUUCCUGUUGUAAACAGUAUAUUUCGGAACUCCCUCAAGCUCAAAGCAAGUGAUGCUGAUACGGUCAUAGCAUUGCAUAAAGCGGCAGAGAAAUUUGCAACUUCUAUCCCUUUCAUCACGUCAGACAAUGAAGCAGCUUUUCAGGAAGAUGAUCUGGAUGUGCCUUUUUCUUCAAAAAAAAGAAUAUGUGCAGGAUUGCUCUUGAUGGAAAUCAAAGACUUAUGGCGGGUAGCUUUGUUGAUAUCUUCUUUGUUGCCACCUAAAAACAAUCUUGCCAAAGAGUUAGAUGUCAGCUUGAGUGAAAGGGUUGAAUUAUACAGAAGAGUAGAGAAAUCUGUCCUUGACAUGGAUUUGGAAAAUGUAUGGAAGAUGAAAAGGCUUCUAGAUGGAAAAGCUGUCAUGAGCAUUCUAGGACUUAAACAUGGUGGUCCUCAGAUUGGAGAAUGGCAAAAAAAGCUACUGAAAUGGCAGCUUGCCCAUCCUUGUGGUACUUUUGAUGAGUGUGCUGACUGGCUUCGAGAAUCGAAUGCUAAACGACUAAAAUGUAGCUGAGAGUCCUCAGAUUGGAGAAUGGGUAAUGAAUCAACUUUCCAUAAUAUGUAAAGGUCAUAGCUUGUAUAAUACUAACAUAGCUUUCUAAUCUGCGGCAAAAAAAAACUACUAAAAUGGCAACUUGCCCAUCCUUCUGGUACUUUUGUUGACUGUGCUGACUGGCUUCGAGAAACGAAUGCUAAACAAGUAAAGUGUAGCUAAAGGUCAUUAGGGUUUGCAUCCCA